AAACCCAGGGUUGUACUUACUAUAUGCAACCAACCAGGUCGAUCCUUCCAUUGAAUCUCAGAUCGAAACUAGCCAGCAUCUAAAAUAAUAUAACCCACUUGCCCGCAAGCACUACCUCUACUAGUACUAUUCAUGGAGCCUCCAUCCAACCCAGCCUUCCUAAACGCCAAAUACCCAGCCCUCUCUCCCACGACUCGCACACGAUUCGAAGAAGCACUCAUCGAGUCUAGCAUACCGCCACCAUCCUACAACAUGGUCGUUGAUCCUCACGAUCCGAUUCCGAAUCUCUCCAAUCCGUACGACCCGGGGGAAGAUAAGGAUGAGGAUGAUGAGGAUGAGGAGAGCGAUAUCCCAGAUAUUACGAUCAAUGCAGCGACACAGAUCCGGGGGCAUGGGAAUAUUAUUAGUAUGCCGCCGAUGGAUAGUGCGAAGAUAGCGGGCAUGUUGUAUACGAUGUUGAAUGGGUGUCCACCACCGCAACCACGGCCUCAGCCUCAGUCUCACGCGCAAGGUCCUCUGGCACAGGGUCAAGCGUCAAGCGCAUCCAAUGCUAAUACUCAAUCGCCUGGCCAAACUCGACAGACAUUUUCCUUAGGGAAACCGUUUCAGAAAAUCAACAUCACUGUUAACUGUGGUGCGACUAUUAUCGGCGACCGCAACAUAGUGGGUCCUGGACUGGGCGAAAUCGCGCGCCAGAUAAGCACUGGGAACAGGAAUCCGGGGCAGGCUGCUCCACUACCCCCGUCGAGUCGGACGUCAAGUCUUGAGGGUGAGAAUACGGGGAUUAGAGCAAAGAGGAAGGCCGAAGGGGAUGCCGAUGGGGCUCCCGGGGCUAAGAAGGGCAACUCUUCGGAAUAA